AUGCCUCAAUACAACCCCCGAGAGGUUGGCGACACGUCGCAGAUUAAGAAGGGCAAGCAGUCGAUGGCCGACCUGAAGCUUCGCCGUCUAACCGAACUCAACAAUCGCCUGCGAGAAGAUCUCGAGAGGGAAAGGAUCCCCGUGAGCAGCGCGGCGAAAAGCAUCAUCGCCUACUGCAACAGCACGAGAGACUACAUGGUGCCAUCAGUCUGGGGUGCCGUUCCUAGAGGAGAAGAUCCUUACGCGCCACAACAGAGCGGAGGCUGCUGCUUAGUGAUGUAA